AUGGCGAUCGCUCUAGUACGCGUGAUUCUGGGCGUCGAUUACGGCCAGAAUAUGGACAUCUCCUGGUUCUACUUCUGGUCGUCAAUGGAGAUAGGAGCCGCGGUAAUGGUCGCCUGCGCCGCAUCCUCCCGCCAACUCUGUGUCACCUCCCGUAACCGGCACUUGUUUAAACAGACCUCAGAGUCAAUCAUGCAUCCGCUGAGCAGGUCGACUCAGGCCAUCGCCGACUUCUAG